AUGAGUGCCUACGAUAGAAAUACUGAAGGUCUAGAGCUUGUCCAUAAGCUCGCCAACAACGUGAAGGAUAGGAACUUUCUUAUCACUGGCCCAACACCUGGCGGUCUCGGCGCUGAGACAGCCAUCUCCAUUGCAGCUGGAAAGCCAGCUAUGAUUAUUCUUGUCGGACGAUCACAAGCCAAGGCGCAGCCGACAAUCGACGCAAUCAAGGCCGUCGACCCAAAUAGUAAGGUCAAAUUCGUGGUGGCCGAGCUAUCAUCUCUUAAAAGCGUGCGGACAGCUGCCCAGACUAUCCUCAACGACAACGAAAUCUCCAAAAUUGACGUUGUCAUCAACAAUGCUGCGGUAAUGGCAUCUCCUCAGAUGAAGACCGAGGAUGGAUUAGAUUACCAGUUCGAAAUCAACCACCUUAGCCAGUUCGUUCUCACCAACACCAUCAUGCCCAAGAUCCUCGCAGCUGGCCCGGGAGCUAGGAUUGUGAAUGUAACUAGCUCGGGCCACCGGUAUACUGGAGUCCGGCUGCACGAUCCCAAUUUCACCGAGCCCGGCUCUUACAGUGAGUUUGCGGGUUACGGCCAAGCUAAGACAGCAAACAUCUUGUACUCGGUGGAACUCAAUAAGAGGCUCGCAUCUCGCGGCAUACACGCCUAUGCACCGCACCCCGGGAGCAUCUCAACCAACCUUCAGGUUUACCUUCAAGCCCUAGGGGGAAACGCAAUGCAGGUACUCGAUGAUGCGUCCUGGAAAGUGAACGGAUGUUCUAUGGAGGACACACGGAAACGGGACCCCACGAAGACAUUACAGCAAGGAUGUGCAUCACUCAUCCGCGCAGCGAUCGACUCGGAUCUUGUCAAUGAAGAGGGUGUCUUUAUCAAUGAUGUUAACUUGACCACGGACCCCAAGGAUGUCAAGCCCUGGGCAACGGACCCCGAACUGGCAGAAAAAUGCUGGAAGUUGAGUGAGGAGCUAGUUGGAGAGAAGUUUGAUAUUUAG